UGCUCAUUAGAUGAGACAACAGAACGGAACAGUACAUCCAGAAAGAGCAGAGCAGUCUGCAUGCGCCCUCAGCAAGUGAGAAUAUUGGUCUGACAACAGUGCCUGGCAUGGGACGAUAACCGUUUGGAAAAGUCAAGGGUCUAAAACUGCCAAAACUGUUUGUAAUAUCGUUCCUAACUAAGAAAGAUUUCAAUUCAGACAUUGUUGGAACUCCACAACUACAUCCAGGAUUUGAUUGUUGCAACCUUUUUACAGCUAUUGUAGGCGAAGUAUAAAAGCUGAGCCAGACUCAAUUCAGUGCAGAGGAUCUGCUAUUGUAAAGACAGGAAACAGAAACGUGUCAACAGAAUGACUGAUGAGAUUCCAGUGCAGGAGGUGAGAUACUGUUUGAAGACUCUCAGAGAGCAAAUGGCAGCCAGACAAAACAACAAUAACACGAUUUCAAUAAAUGCCUCAGAAGUUCAGGCGGAUGUCAAUGGCUCUAAUGAUGUUUUGAAUAGUAAUUUCUACAGCUUCCCGGUUCCGCCCAGGAUCUGCAAGGUCAAAGAUUACAAAGAAUUGACAGAAAUAAGAGACCUGUACUCUUAUAUGGAGGAGACGGAAAAACUAGAGAGGUCUCGGCUGCAGAGAGCAGAAACCAAGGUGGAGGAACAGCAGAAGAAGAUGACAGAGAUGCAGAUGCACAUGGACAGCCUGAAGCUGCAAAAUGCCACAUUACAAGAAAAACUGUCAGCAAAUGAGGCUGAACUUGAGAAGCUGCGAAAAAGUGACGACAAAUGUGAAGAGCUGAAAAAGGAGCUGGAAAUUCAGCAAUAUAAAAACCGUUCCUUAGAUGACAUGCUCAAAAGUCAACAAAGGAAAGUCAGAAACAUGAUCGAACAGGUACAAAAUGCACGAAUCCUAAUUGACAAUAGAAGCACUCAGGUCAGCGAUCUGAAAGAGAAAGUGUCUUUCCUGGAGGCUGAGAACAAAGAGCUGCACGACCGCCUCUCCCAUGUGGACAAACAAGAGCAACGAAUAAACAUCCCAGACAAGGGGUUUCUCAGCCCAGGAAAAAAGCCGUUCAUGCUGGCCAGGAUCAAGAAUUGAAGAACAGAUGAAGAUUACUGGUGGAAGAGAGAGAGAGAGAGACUGAGUGAGAGACACUGCAGAAGAAAUAAAAAGCAUCUCUCCUCAUCCUUCAGUUCAGCACAUGAGUAGCACAUCAGGUUUAUUAUGUAUAUAAGAAAUAUCAGUCUCUGUAUAAAGCAAUCUUCUGUCUCUCUUCAUUGAUCUGUCACAAAUGUAUCUUUUUUUUCUUAAAAGGACAGUUCACCCAAAAAUGAAAAUUCUGUCAUCAUUUAGUUAUCCUUUACUAGUCAAAAAGGGGUUUUUGCUGCUUGCUCAAACUACUUAAUUAAUUAACUAAAUUAAUUAUUUUAUGCUCAAUACACUUAAUUUGUUUUGUUAUCUUGAUCGAUUUGUGUUGGGACAACAUG